GAUUUAAUGAUGCCUUCUAUCUCACAUUCCCAGGAGCGUUUAUGAUCCCAUUCCUGAUCCUGCUGGUUCUGGAGGGGAUUCCACUGCUGCACCUGGAGUUCGCUAUCGGACAGCGCCUCAGGAGCGGCAGUGUGGGAGUGUGGACGGCCAUUAACCCAUAUCUGACUGGUGUUGGUGACUCCAACGGAAACAGUAGAAUACCCUGUGUACUGCGGUUAGAGAAGCACGUGGUUAGCUGACCACAAAACGUCCAACGUCAAAAAGAAAGUUCUGCAGUCUUCAAAGUGAGGUUAUCAUGUUUGCAGAGUGUGUAUCUAUCUUCUCCUUCUUAUGGCCAGCAUCCCAAAUGGCACCCUAUUCCCUACAUAGUGAACUAUCUUCGACCAGAGGCCUAUGAGUCCUGGUCGAAAGUAGUAUAGGGCUCUGGUUAAAAGUACCACAUACGUUGCCAUUUGGGAUACAGCCAUAACAGACCUUACCUCACUGACAUGUAGUGAUAUCUGGAAUAACACCUCAGGCAGAGGCUGGUGGCAGGCGCUAUAGGAGGACGGGAUCAUUGUAAUGGCUGGAAUGGAUUAAUGAAACGUAUCAAACACAUCAAACAUAUGGAAACCAUUCCAGCCAUUACAAUGAACCCGUCCUCCUAUAGCUCUUCCCACCAGCCACCACUGGCAUGUGGUGAUGUCUGGAACGAUUGUGUCCUGCAGGCGUCGCCUCCUUGUCAGUCUCCUUCCUGGUGGGCAUGUACUACAACACUAUCAUCGCCUGGGUGAUGUGGUACUUCUUCAACUCCUUCCAGAGCCCUCUGCCGUGGAGUCAGUGUCCUGUCAACGCCAACCUGACGGGUGUGUUCAUAUUCUGCAUGGAUUUAAAGUCACAGUUCACUACAAACUCUAAUUUAGCUUAUAUUCUGAGGCAUCUAGAUGGAUCUACAGAAGUCAUUAUCAGGCUAAAUGCUGUUGGACUGGCCUUUGGGUGUAACAGUGUUUUUGCCGCCCCCUGUAGCUCUGGUAUCAGAAUGCGCCCGGAGUUCCCCAGUGGAUUAUUUCUGGUACAGAGACACCCUCAACACGUCCGCAUCCAUAGGGGACUCUGGAGGACUGCAGUGGUGGAUGGUGUUGUGUCUACUGUGUGCCUGGCUGGUGUUGUACGUCUGCUGCCUUCGUGGCAUUGAGACAACUGGCAAGGUACGAUACCCCGUCCCAUUCAGACAACUGGCAAGGUACGAUACCCCGUCCCAUUCAGACAACUGGCAAGGUACGAUACCCCGUCCCAUUCAGACCACUGGCAAGGUACGAUACCCCGUCCCAUUGAGACCACUGACAAGGUACGAUACCCAGUCCCAUUGAGACCACUGGCAAGGUACGAUACCCCGUCCCAUUCAGACUACUGGUAAGGUACGAUACCCAUUCCCAUUGAGACCACUGGUAAGGUACGAUACCCCGUCCCAUUCAGACUACUGGCAAGGUACGAUACCCCGUCCCAUUCAGACUACUGGUAAGGUACGAUACCCAUUCCCAUUGAGACCACUGGUAAGGUACGAUACCCCGUCCCAUUCAGACUACUGGUAAGGUACGAUACCCAUUCCCAUUGAGACAACUGGUAAGGUACGAUACCCAUUCCCAUUGAGACCACUGGUAAGGUACGAUACCCAUUCUCAUUGAGACCACUGGUAAGGUACGAUACCCAUUCCCAUUGAGACCAGUGGCAAGGUACGAUACCCCGUCCCAUUCAGACUACUGGUAAGGUACGAUACCCAUUCCCAUUGAGACAACUGGUAAGGUACGAUACCCAUUCCCAUUGAGACCACUGGUAAGGUACGAUACCCAUUCUCAUUGAGACCACUGGUAAGGUACGAUACCCAUUCCCAUUGAGACCAGUGGCAAGGUACGAUACCCAUUCCCAUUCAGACUACUGGCAAGGUACGAUACCCAUUCCCAUUCAGACAACUGGCAAGGUACGAUACCCAGUCCCAUUCAGACUACUGGCAAGGUACGAUACCCAUUCCCAUUGAGACCACUGGCAAGGUACGAUACCCAUUCCCAUUCAGACUACUGGCAAGGUACGAUACCCAUUCCCAUUCAGACAACUGGCAAGGUACGAUACCCAGUCCCAUUCAGACUACUGGCAAGGUACGAUACCCAUUCCCAUUACGACCACUGGCAAGGUACGAUACCCAUUCCCAUUGAGAUCACUGGUAAGGUACGAUGCCCAUUCCCAUUACGACCACUGGUAAGGUACGAUACCCAGUCCCAUCUAGAAUACUGGUAAGGUACGAUACCCAGUCCCAUCUAGAAUACUGGUAAGGUACGAUGCCCAUUCCCAUUGAGAUCACUGGCAAGGUACGAUACCCAGUCCCAUCUAGAAUACUGGUAAGGUACGAUACCCAGUCCCAUUGAGAUCACUGGUAAGGUACGAUACCCAGUCCCAUCUAGAAUACUGGUAAGGUACGAUGCCCAUUCCCAUUGAGAUCACUGGCAAGGUACGAUACCCAGUCCCAUUGAGAAGACUGGCAAGGUACGAUACCCAGUCCCAUUGAGAAGACUGGCAAGGUACGAUACACUGUCUCUUCGGGUUCUGUUCAGAUAGGAUUCUAGACUUAGUUUGAGGUGUUUUCCACAAUAUGGUACUUUUUUACAUUUCAGUGCUAUUUAGUGGAUUGAAAUGUAGUUUAUAGUUCACCUUCUCCAGUGGACUAUCAUCCAUUACAAGGUGGUUCUGCCCUCUCUGUCUUCACAGGCAGUGUACAUAACAUCCACUCUGCCCUACGUGGUGCUCACCAUCUUCCUGAUCAGAGGGCUGACUCUCAAAGGUUCUCUGGAUGGAAUAAAGUUCCUCUUCACACCUGAUGUAAGUACAUCCUCUCAAAGUGAUAGUUCACCCCAAAAAUGUUAGUUUCUCAGAUGUUUUUCAGGCCUGAGUUCCCUUUGUUGUGUGCGGUAUACAUUGAUGAUUGUAUUCUCAUAGUUGAAUGAGUUGAUGAACCCGUCCACCUGGCUGGAUGCAGGUGCCCAGGUGUUCUACUCUUUCUCCUUGGCCUUCGGAGGUCUCAUCUCAUUCUCCAGCUACAACUCUGUGCAGUAAGUAACCGCAGAUUUAUCGACGACUUCGUACCAAAUGGGACACCAUUCCCUACUGCGUAGUGCACUAAUUUAGAUAGAGCCCUACGAGCCCUGGUCAAAACAUAGUUCACUGUGUCAUAGGAAAUAGGUUGCCAUUUGGGACUCAAUUCUUUAUUUAGACAUAAGGUAAAGUCUAUCUUGACUCUUUCGAUGAACUCCACUCUUCUGUUUCUCCAGCAACAACUGUGAGCAGGACGCCGUCAUCAUCUCCAUCAUCAACGGCUUCACGUCGGUCUACGCUGCUACAGUCAUCUACUCUAUCAUUGGCUUCAGGGCCACAGAGAGGUUCGACGACUGUCUGGGAGGGUACGUGUUUUCAGUCUGGUUACGUUGAGCUCUGAGCUUGCUUUUUUAGGCCAGGACUUAGGUUUAGUCUGUGUCCGGGAAAAACCGGCACUGAAUGGACGGCCAGAACUGUCUCAAUGACAAUGAUCACAUUCGUAAUUCUGUUUUGCUUGUCUUUGAUAUUCUGCACUGUGCAUUGCUAGCAAAUUCUAGCACGUAGUGGCCUUGUGGUUUUUGUGUAUUAUUGUUGUGUUGUGUAUUAUUGAUUAUUGUUGUGUUGUGUAUUAUUGUUGUGUUGUGUAUUAUUGUUGUGUUGUGUAUUAUUGAUUAUUGUUGUGUUGUGUAUUAUUGUUGUGUUGUGUAUUAUUGAUUGUUGUUGUGUAUUAUUGUUGUGUUGUGUAUUAUUGUUGUGUUGUGUAUUUUCAAGAUUCUUGGCAAAUGGUUCAACCUGAAAACAGUUUGUACUCGACCUACCUCCAGCUCUGUGUGUUGUUGUCCCAUCCAGAAACAUCCUGGCCCUGCUGAACGCUUUCAGCCUUCCUGAGGGCAACAUCACAGAAGGCAACUAUGCAGAAUCCCUACAGAAUCUAAACGGCACCUUCCCAGAGAUCGUCCGGGGUCUGAACCUCAAGACCUGCGACUUGCAAACUUUCCUCAGUCAGGUAUUGAAACGUCAAACUUUCCUCAGUCAGGUAUUGAAAUUGCAAACUUUCUCAGUGACGUACGGUCUCCAGAUCAAAAGCCUUUUACCCAUUUCAAUUGCCGCCAUGUUGGUCAUGGAACAUUUGGUGCCAACAUGGAGAAUAGUUUGCCAAACUCUUACAGUUUAUCUAUGGAUCUGGUUUUAGUCAUGUUUGCCCUGAUGGUGAGUCCUUGUCUUUCAAUAGGGUGUGGAGGGAACCGGUCUGGCCUUCAUCGUGUUCACAGAGGCCAUCACCAAGAUGCCGGUCUCUCCUCUCUGGUCCAUCCUGUUCUUCAUCAUGCUCUUCUGUCUGGGACUGUCCACCAUGUUUGGCAGCAUAGAGGGGGUCGUGGUGCCCCUUCAGGAUCUCAACAUCUUCCCUAAACGGUGGCCUAAGGAGGCGAUCACUGGUAAGUACCUCGGCUUGAAUCAAUUGAGACCAAGUAUCAAUGGACGCAUGAUGCAAUAUACAUUUCCAAUGCAGCGGUCUCCAACUCCUGUCCUGGAGAGCUUAGUGCUGGGCUGGAACAAACACCUGCACAUCCUGUAGCUCUCCAGGACUAGAAAUGAAGACCACUGGUUAAAUGUGCCUUGAAGAAAUAACGCAGUGUUGAUGUGUCUUCUGUUUCAGGUAUUGUCUGUCUGGUGUCAUUCAUUGUUGCCCUGAUAUUUGCUCAGAGUUCCGGUAACUACUGGCUGGCCUUGUUCGACAGCUUCGCCGGCUCCAUCCCUCUCCUAGUCAUCGCCUUCUGUGAGAUGGUAGCUGUGGUCUACAUCUAUGGCAUAGACAGGUGAGUGUUCACCUCCUCUUCGUCCCCGAUCCACCCCAACUUUUUGAGGCAUCACCCACCACAGAAAUCAAUCCAAGUAGCUGUGAAUUUGUGGCAACAGCUAACUAGCUAACGUGUGUUAAUCUUUAAUGAUGCCAAAGUUGGUAGCCUCGUUAAACCAGCCCUGAUCUUGCAAGCUCACAUUCUGUUUCACGUGAUAUGUGAAGUGAAACAAAACGUGAGCGUCCAAGAUCAGGCUGGUUUAACGAGGCUACAAAGUUGGCAUGUAAUGUAGUAUCCAAAGGUUAAUGCUGCACCUAAUUGCUUCUAUUCCUGAUGAGCGUGAAACAGUGAACAGUUCAAGAGAGGUCUGAAGCUGAUGCAAACGUUUUGUCUUUCCACGUCCUUAAGCUCCAGCCUCUCCAACAUGUCUAUUUGUCUGUAUGUGUGUGUAUCAGAGGAGUUGGGCACAGCAGGAGACAAAUGUCCUUCUUCUAUGAGUUAAUUAAGUCUUCUUCUUCUUCUUCUUCUUCUUCUUCUUCUUCUUCUUCUUCUUCUUCUUCUUCUUCUUCUACAGGUUUAACAAGGAUAUAGAGUUCAUGAUCGGUCACAAGCCCAACAUCUUCUGGCAGGUGACCUGGAGGUUCAUCAGCCCUUUAAUCGUCUUAGUCAUCUUCAUCUUCUACUUCAUUACCAAAGUCAGCUCCAAUGUCACCUACAUCGCCUGGAAUCCAAGCUCGGUAUGUUCCUCCUCUAAUGUUCCUCCUCUAUAUGUUCCUCCUCUCAUUUCUCCUCUAUAUGUUCCUCUCUACAUGUUCCUCCUCUACAUGUUCCUCUUCUACAUGUUCCUCUUCUACAUUUCCUCUUCUCUAAUGUUCCUCUUACAGUUCACUCCUCUACAUGUUCCAUCCUCUACAUGUUCCUCUCUACAUGUUCCUCUUCUACAUGUUCCUCUCUACAUGUUCCUCCUCUACAUGUUCCUCCUCUACAUGUUCCUCCUCUACAUGUUCCUCCUCUACAUGUUCCUCCUCUACAUGUUCCUCCUCUACAUGUUCCUUCUACUGUUCUCACAUGUUCUCCUCUACAUGUUCCUCUCUACAUGUUCCUCCUCUACAUGUUCCUCUCUCUCACAUGUUUCCUUCUACAUGUUCUCUCUACAUUCCUCCUCUACAUGUUCUCUCUAAUGUUCCUCCUCUACAUGUUCCUCCUCUACAUGUUCAUCCUUCCUCCUACAUGUUCCUCUCUACAUGUUCCUCUCUCUACAUGUUCCUCCUCUACAUGUUCCUCUUCUACAUGUUCCUCUCUACAUGUUCCUCCUCUACAUGUUUCCUCCUCUUACAUGUUCCUCCUCUACAUGUUCCUCUCACAUGUUCCUUCCUUUCCUCUACAUGUUUCCUCCUCUACAUGUUCUCCUCUACAUGUUUCCUCCUCUACAUGUUCCUCCUCUACAUGUUCCUCUCUACAUGUUCUCCUCUACAUGUUCCUCUCUACAUGUUUCCUUCUACAUGUUCCUCCUCUACAUGUUCCUCCUCUACAUGUUCCUCUCACAUGUUCCUCCUCUACAUGUUUCCUCUACAUGUCCUCUUACAUGUUCCUCCUCUACAUGUUCUUCUACAUUCCUCUACAUGUUCCUCCUCUACAUGUUCCUCCUCUACAUGUUCCUCCUCUACAUGUUCCUCCAUCCCUCUACAUGUUCCUCCUCUACAUGUUCUCCUCUACAUGUUCUCCUCUCAUUCUUCACAUGUUCCUCUCAUUCCGUUCCUCCUCUACAUGUUCCUCCUCUACAUGUUCCUCCUCUACAUGUUCCUCCUCUACAUUUCCUCCUCUACAUUCAAAUCAGGGGCCGUAUUGAUAUCGUAUUGGGCGUCUCACAAUAGGAGUGCUGAUCCAGGAUCAGUUUGACCUUUUACAUCACAUUGAAUAACAUUAAAUGGACAGGGGGGACAUGAUCCUAGAUCAGCCCUCCUGCUCUGAGACACUUAAUGAAUAUGGACCCAGUUAUUUUCCCCCAAGAAGAUAACCUAUUGUGUGACUGAACACUAGGUGCUUCUAGACUACGCCACCCCUUUGGAUUUAAACAGGAGCCAUGGGGAACUAACUGACUACCUGUCACAUAUAGUCAAUACUUAUUUCUAGAUAUUAAUAAUAAUAAUUGCUAGCAUUUUGAUAGCAUUUAUAUGGCGCCUUUCCAGUUUUCAAACCGCUGUAAGGGGGGGAAACUCCCCUCAUCCACCGCCAAUGUUUAGCAUUCUCAAGGACUUGUUUUCUCAUCUCUGUGUUCCGCAGGCUGACUUCCCCACCCUGGAGGUGUUGGAGUAUCCCGCUUGGAUCUACGCCAUCAUCUUCAUCCUAGCAGGAAUCCCCAGUCUGCUGGUGCCAGGCAUGGCCAUAUUCAAACUCAUCCAGACAUGCUGCUGCAACAAAAAUGUCUAUAGAGCAGAAGUCGACACUGUCUCUGCCAAAGUUCAGAUGGAAAUUUCG